GGGAGGGCAAUGGAUUUUGAAGGACAGGCUUAGAAUCGCUACUGAUGUGGCGCGCAGGGAAAUGAAGACAUGCGUGGGAAAUAGAGAAUUUUUUUCCUUCUGUGAAGAUGGGAGGAGGACGCUUUUAUCACACAGCCGGCAGGGAGAGCUUUUGAGAAGUUGGGUGGGGAGGCGCUGAUGUGGCGAGGAGCUUGAGGUGCCACGUGGCAACACAGCCCAGUAUCGACCUCGCGACAGUGGUGGUAGACCUCUGACAGUAGCCACUGGCAGCCGACCGAUGAGGGCAGGACAGGUUGCUUUGAUCGAAUUUGUUUUGUUCAAAGUUGCUGCUUGGCGGGAUCCCGGUUGCUAUGUGACAAGACUGUCGAGACCCAGCCAUGUUUCGGACACGUGGAACCACAUCUGGAACGACAACCACACACUCGAAUGAUCUGUGGUACCACAUUUGAAAAGGCAGGCUGCACUGGUUCGUGGAACCAUAAUUAGAGGGACACUUGGGACCACAAUAAUUGGUACCACUCAUGGAACCACACUCAGAACGACACGCGGCACCUCGGAGAUGAAGGAAGGUGGUCCUAGUCGGCCGCAUGCUGUCCUCACUGCUGGUUAGUUGACGUGUCACAUUUCGAGGUCGCUGCAUGGUCGUUGCUGAUCAAGGGUUCUCUUGCACGUGGCGGUGGGUGCUGGUCCUAUCGCACAGCCAGCCCAGCGUGACGUGCUUUGGCUGUCGAAGCAUAAUGCCAGCUGUGUCGCCCUGCGCGGGAGCGCGGAGUGUGCUGACCUCUCCCACGGGUGGGUACAGAGUCGGUGUACAGAGUGACACGUCAUCUACCAUGCCAAGCUGGCAUGCCUCGUGGCGUGCUUGCCGCCGCUCUUGUGCGGUGCAGACGAGCAAUAUGUCGAUCACUCCGACAUCUCUCAGACGAACAAUGAUGACGACGAUGACGACAUCUUCGUCACCAUCGCUCGUGCGUUCGUGGUCGUCCCGGUUGGAACAUAGAAGAGCCAAUCUGAAGGGAGAAUGCUGCCAAUUAGGAAAUCAUUCCGUCAAGAGUAAAAAUCUUCAUGGCUGUUGUCGUCGUACUUGCCAAGUGAAGAUGAUCAAGAGCGUGACCACCAGUGGUUUCAAGGAGCCAUCAAAAAAAAACGUCACUUUGGGCGGCGACCGGUCGUUCCUCCUGCAUAGGGCGACUACCAGUAGUGACCAUCAAAGAUGGUGGGCAUAUAGAGUCUGUCCCCCUGGACCUUUCCUGCCUCCGCAUUCCUUCGCCCUACCAUCUCUCCAGACAAUGACUGGAUUACAAGCUUCAGCGAACCUCUUCUCGGUGAGCCGGUUCUGCACUGCCGGACCCUCACCUUGCAGCUCCCCAUCGCAAAUGUCCUUAUCAUCAUCAUCAUCAUCAUCACCACCAUCGAAUUCAUCAUCAACAUCGUCGCCUUCUACUAGGACCGGUCGGCGCAUCUCUCAGCGGUCGGCCUUGGCUUCCGCACCAUCUUUACGUGAUUUCAUGAGGCGCGGCGGUGCAGUUCCUGCCGCGAUCCCGACGAGACAAUCGGCAUUAUCCGAGAUCCCAACGACAGGAGACAACAUCGCGGCGGCGGCAGAACCGUCGGAUUCAUCUAUGUCAUCCUUCGAGAUCCCAAUGGACACGAGUACGUCCAGACCAAUGGACAGCUUUUUCCCGCCAAAAAUUCCUUAUCUCCCCGAUGGAGCAGUGAAGAAGCACGAGGGCGGUCGGAUCUACUUUGAAACAUACGGCUGCCAGAUGAAUGUGAAUGACAUGGAGAUCGUGCUGGCAAUCAUGGCGGAUGCGGGGUACCAGACAGUGGUGGAGGAUCCAGAAAAUGCUGAUGUCGUCUUCGUAAACACGUGUGCAAUCAGGGAGAAUGCCGAGCGGAAGGUCUGGCAGAGGCUUGAUUACUUCAGACGGCUCAAGCGCGAGAGAAUGUGGCAAUUGCGUACAUAUAACUUCUUCGAAAGUUCAGAGAAACAUCGGGGGCGAAGAGCACGCCGAUCAUCACCACCAUCAGGUGCGGAGGCGGCGGCAGGGAGCGCGACGUCGUCGUCAAGAUCAGUUCCGCCACCGCCGCAGCAGCAGGAGCAACGCAGCGAGGAGGAGGAGGAGGAGGAGAGAGGGGAGGAGAUGGCAGCAGCAGGUGGUGGUGGUGGUGGCGAUGACGACAAGGUUGUGGCUGUCCAGACCGCGACUGCGGAUCCCGAUCUCAGACCUCGGUUUCCACUGAAAGUCGCCGUUCUUGGAUGCAUGGCGGAGCGGUUGAAAACUCGCCUUCUCGAGUCCGACAAACUCGUUGACGUGGUCUGCGGUCCGGAUGCUUAUCGGGAUCUGCCACGUCUGCUCGCCGCCGUCGGGGUCUCCGACCCUUUCUCCUCUGCCACCACGUCUUCUCACGCCACAGCCAUCAAUGUCGCGCUCUCGCUCGAUGAGACCUAUGCUGACGUGUCGCCGAUCCGUCUUGAUCCCGAUUCCGUCUGCGCCUUUGUGUCUGUGAUGCGCGGGUGCGACAACAUGUGCUCCUUCUGCAUAGUGCCAUUCACGCGUGGUCGGGAGCGAUCUCGACCGGUUGCAACGAUCGUCCGCGAGGUGGGAGAGCUGGUGGCUCAGGGGGUGAGAGAAGUAACUCUGCUCGGGCAGAACGUCAACAGCUAUCGGGAUCUCUCGGCGCCCGAUCUGAUUCCAUGGCAGAUCGAGACCGUUCAGUCCCAAUCUGGAGGAGGAGGAGGAGGAGGAGGCGGGUUGAGUGCUGGAUUCUCUACCAUCUAUAAGACAAGAGAAGGUGGUUUGCAGUUCGCUCAUCUUUUGGACCAGCUAUCUCGGCAGUAUCCUGACAUUCGGUUUCGGUUCACCUCCCCCCAUCCGAAGGAUUUUCCUGACGAGUUGCUGUACCUAAUCCGAGAUCGGGACAACAUCUGCAACAACAUACACAUGCCAGCGCAGAGCGGAAGCUCUUCGGUGCUUGAACGGAUGAGGAGGGGCUAUACGAGGGAGGCGUAUCUGGAGCUAGUUCAUCGAAUGCGGUCCAUUGUGCCUGACGUAACUAUCAGCAGCGACUUCAUCGCUGGGUUUUGUGGAGAGACGGAAGAGGAGCAUAAAGAAACCCUAAGCUUGAUAGAGAUUGUGCAGUAUGACAUGGCUUAUCUGUUUGCCUACAGCAUGCGGGAGAGAACGCAUGCGCACAGACAUUACGCAGACGAUGUGCCAGAAGAUGUGAAGAAGCGACGCCUAGCGGAGUUGAUUGACACCUUCCGGAGAUCCUGUGCGCCUAAGUAUGAUGCCCAGGUAGGGCAAGAGCAACUGGUUCUAGUCGAGGGUAUCAAUAGACGAGCGCCAGAUGCAGAAGUGUUUGGAAGAAAUGACUAUGGAUUCAAAGUCUUCCUUCCUAAUCAAAUUACGCUUGGGAGUGGUGAUGACUUGUGUACAAAGCAUGAACAUGACUCUUCUGCUUGCAAUCCUCCCCCUCCUCCCCCUCCUCCGCCUCCUCCCCCUCCUCCUCAUUCCAGUGCUACUAUCUCUGUUCAUUCAGAUUCCCAACAGAGAAUGGGUGGUAGUGGUGGGGCCUCUGCCUCCUUCUCCUCCUCCUCCGCCUCCUCAUUCUCGACCUUCUCCUCGUUGUGCAGUCAAGUAGAAGAACGCGAUGCAGGUCUGGAAAGCAGCGAAAGUGGUGUGGAAGUAGGUGUGGAACACAGCGAAAGUGGUUUGGGAACGGUUCUCCUGCGGCCAGGAGAUUACGUUCGCGUAAGGAUAGAGUCCACUACCGGAGCGUCUUUGAGAGGUAUUCCUCUGGAAAAAGUGACUUUGACAGAGUUUUACCGUUCUCUGCGCCGCAAGCAUGUCAGCAAUCCUUCAUUAGUUUUGCAGUGAUGUAACCGCACACAUAUAGUCAGAUCAUCUUGUUGAAAAAAAGCUUCAAUCUUUUUGUCUCCUUUCCCUUUGUGAGAAGAGUA